AUGGAGACACAACUCAACGAAAAACAAGAAGAAUUGAACGUCACCAACGUUGUUUUAGCGCGUUUGGCUCAACAAAACAGAGUGCUGGAGCUUCAAAUCCAAGAGAUCAAGAAUUCGGGCAAUGAGAAAGUGUGGGAAAGCUGUGGUAAGGCAUUCCUUGGAACGCCAGUCAAGGAUUAUGAAACCAAAUUGAACCAGCAAAUUAAAGACAAUAAAGAUUCAGUUAACAGUCUCGAGAAGAAGAAGCAUUACCUCGAGACUACUGUGAAGACGACAUUUGACAAUAUGAGCAAGUUUUUGGGUCCGGCACCUUCCUCCAGUACCGCAUAA